GUUAUGAUGUUACAACUUUUAGAAAGAGUGAUUGAAUUGGAAAAUUGGAAAGAAGGGAAAGUCAUUGUCCGUGGGGCAAAAAAUACUUUCUCAUCAGGCUCUGAUCUGAAUGCUGUGAAGGCACUAGGAACUCCAGAGGAUGGAAUGGCCUUAUCUAUGUUCAUGCAAAACACCUUGACAAGAUUUACGAGACUACCUUUAAUAAGCGUUGCACUGGUGCAAGGACGGGCAUUGGGUGGAGGAGCAGAAUUUACUACAGCAUGUGAUUUCAGGUUAAUGACUCCAGAAAGUGAGAUCAGAUUUGUCCACAAAGAAAUGGGUAUAAUUCCAAGCUGGGGUGGUGCAUCCCGGCUGGUUGAAAUCAUUGGCAGUAGACAAGCUCUCAAAGUGUUAAGUGGGGCCCUCAAACUGGAUUCCAAAAGAGCUUUAAACAUAGGAAUGGCUGAAGAAGUCCUGCAGUCCUCAGAUGAAACUAAAUCUCUAGAAGAGGCACAAGCAUGGCUAAUGCAGUUUGUUAGUGGGCCACCAGAAGUUGUUAGAGCUAUGAAAAAAUCUGUUUGUUCGGGCAAAGAGCUAUACUUAGAGGAAGCACUACAGAAUGAAAGAGAUCUUUUAGGAACAGUGUGGGGUGGACCAGCAAAUUUAGAGGCUAUUGCUAGGAAAGGAAAAUUUAAUAAAUAGAAAAGCUUCAAUGGUAUGUAUUACAAAGUUAUUAAAUGUGAACAGAAUUACUGUCAAGUCUAGUACUAGUAUUGAGUUGUUUUGGUAAUAUUUUGAAUAUCUGAAUUUUUUGGUCUAUUUUGUUUAGCCAACAUUUAACAUACAACUUUCUGCUUAAGAAUUUCUGUCAAUUCCUGUAUUCCUAUAAUAGUUCUUAAAUCAACAUAGAUUAAUUUUUUUUAAAUAAAGUCUACUCUUAGGGCUGUUUUCAUGUUUGUCCUUUCUUACCUGAAAACUAUUUAUAAAAAUAACUUAAUCAACCUUGUAGUUAACAAUCAGAGAACAAGAAAAUAAGAAAGUAUAAUCAGUCCUUUUCUUCUACUCCAGGUAGCUGUAACAGUCAUGAAAAAUGACUCUUCGUUUAAAAGGUGCUCCCUUCAAAUGUGGAGCCUUAUUUAUAAACUUUUCAGUUAGUUUUCUAUUUUAAAUCAUCUAUUAAACAGUGGUGUAUGGAACAUCAGCAGACUAUAUGUAUAAAGUGGCCAUUCAUUUGUAUUUGCUGAAAUUUCCAAGCUCAUAGUAGUACUGCUGAUGGACGUUUCAAAGAUUCAUAAAGCACCCUAUAAUGUAGAUUUGUAUUUUCAUCACAUUUCUAAAAACACUUUUCUUUUAUAGCUAGCUGUAUUUUAAUAGCAAAUUUAACAAAAAUGCGUAACUCAAGACUUUUGAUCAUUUUACUAACUCCUUUGAAAAUCAAUAUAUUAAGUCACAGUUCUAACCUAUCCAACAAGAUGAAAAACUUUUGCAUAGUGAGUUUCAAAGUACUGACAGUAGUCGCAGUUUGAUUUUAUUGUUGACAUUUAAUUCACACUUGAGAAUUAUAGUAAAAAUAACUCACAUGUGCUUUAUCAACAUGAUGUUACUGUUUCAAGUUAAAAAAUACAGAAAGACAGACUCACAUUAUUUUUCCAGAAACAAGUUCUAGAUUACAAAGUUUAACCAAUACCUCCUACUUUGCCAAGAUAUAAAACCUACCCAAUAAAAGUGGUUUUCUGGUCUAUGUUAUGUAUAAAGUAAAUUUGUAUCUGCUAAUGCUGUUUGUAAAUCUGAGUAAUCCAUGUUGUAACACCACUAAAGACGACUGGUAAGGAAAAUAAACUAUGAUCCCAGCUGUUUGAGAACUGUCUCACAGGUUUUAGGUUUAUUUUUAUACCUAUUAUCACACACACACA